AUGUUUUUCUCCGGCUACCCCAGAAUAGUAGGCCUGUCCUAUUUCCCUAAUCUAACAAGGCUGACCCUUGUCAGGCAGAACAUCCAACAGCUUUCUGACCUGGAGAACUGUCUUCUCCUGAAAGAGUUGUGGGUGGCUGAGUGCUGCUUGACCAAAAUUGAUGGUUUGCAGAAAUGUGUAGCUCUGCAAAAGCUUUACCUCUAUUGCAAUAUGAUUUUAGCUAUUGAAAAUCUGGAGAAGUUAACAAAACUGGAGGUUGUUUGGCUUAAUGGGAACCAGAUUAAAGAAAUAGAGGGGCUGAACACACUGCAGAAGUUGAAGGAGCUCAAUCUUGCUGGGAAUUGCAUUAGUAAAAUUGGAAAUAGUCUGGAUCCCACCAGCAAAAUAGAAAAAUUAAAUCUGUCUGGUAACAGAGUAUCCUCCUUUAAGGAAAUUACCAAUUUGGCAAGACUACCUCAUUUAACAGACCUGUGUUUGAAUGACCCCCAAUAUGAACCGAACCCAGUCUGUCUUCUUUGCAAUUAUGCAACACAUGUGCUGUAUCAUAUUCCUCGGCUUCAGAGGCUUGAUACUUAUGAUGUAUCCCCUAAACAGAUCAAGGAGCUGGCUGAGACAACAGUGAUGAAAAAAGUGAUGUUCUACAACAUGCGUAUCAAGUGUGCUUACAGACGCCUCAACGAAGAGCUUGAAAAGCUGAAGGAAAGGAAGUGCAAGCUGCAGAAGUUGCCGGAGGAUCGCCUUAAGCAUUUCAGUUGUAGCAUCAAGCAUCUGGAACGUGAACUGGCAGAACUUAAGGCCUCCGGCAAAAUACACCCUCACAAAACUGUUUCGAGCCGAAGCUUCGAAUGUGAAAAAUCAGACGGAGAAGCUGAGAGUGCAGAUGAGACCCCAGAGGAGUCCAGUACUGAGCAGCGGUACCAGCAUAAAUUAGACUGCCUCAGAAGGAGGAUAAAAUUCUGGAAUAAGAAGCUAGAUGAGAUUGAAGCAAUUUAUCAAGUAGAAAUCAAGAAGAAGAAGAAAGACAACAAUCUGAUGGUGCAGUUUUUGCUUACUGAGCUGGAAACAGUGGGAAACAUACGCUUUGAAGAAGGCUCGCCGACUGAUGUCUGGUUCAAUUCCUGCUAUGAGUUAAUCCUAUCCCGAUUUUGUGCUUGGGACUUCAAACCGUACGGCAUCACAGGAGUGAAAGUGAACCAUGUCAUUAGAGUGCACAACAAGGUUUUGAGGCUGAAAUUUGAGGAAAAACUCCAAAGCUUUUUGGACAAAGAAGAUUUAAACGAGUCGAUAAACUACAAGAAGAUGCUGGACUAUCUUUUUUAUAUAUCUCCUCCAGAAGCAUCCUUGAAGAAAAAACAAUUGAUCCAAAUACUAGAAGAAGGCUUCCAGGAAACAGAAAAGGUACCUGGAGGCAAAGGAGCUGUUCAGCUCUCCAACAGCCUUAGCAUCUGUGAAUGCCCAAGAAUUGAAUAUUUGCAAAGACAAGCCAGAAGCAAAGGGGACUCAGAAGAGCCUUUCAGGCAUGGGAAACUAAUUAUUGCCAAAGUCUUCCUAGGACACAGCGCUCAAGCUGGUGAGAUGGAUCCGUUUAUCCAAAGCAACUAUCCUGAGGUCAAUUCCGUUUGCAGGCCACGCACAUGCUCCCUGAAUGCCUCUCAAGGGCCAGAUCAGCCAGAAAAGCCAAAGUCUUCAGAAGCCUGUUCUCCGCUGAAGUGCAAGAACUGCAGCUGCCGCCUGCGCCAGCGCGAGUGGUUUGUCUUCGACCACGAACUGGUUUUGCCGGAGUACGUUGCUGAGUUCGAGCUCAUCACACCGGUAAAGCAGGAAGCCCUCUUCUCCUCGCUCAGCAAUGUGAUUGGGGAGGAGGGGAGGAGAAACGCGGCAGGGUUUGUGCUGUCCCGCGACCUGCAACGUGACGACGAAGUUUUAAGCAUGGAGCCUACCAUCAAGCCCAAGCCCAAAAUCGUUUGCUUAGAUGAGAAAACGGUGCUCACGGUUGCAAAGGCCAACAUUUACAGUCAGAUAAUGGUUCUGAACCUGCACGGAAACAGGCUGAGCAAACUCCGGGACAUCUCCAGGCUCACUGGGCUUCGCAGGCUUAUCAUCAGCUUUAACGAAUUCACUUGUUUAGAUGAUGUGUACCACUUGCCGAAUUUGGAAUAUUUCGAUGCCAGCCAUAACCAUGUCAUCACCCUUGAGGGCAUUCGGGCACUAAACAAACUGAAGUAUUUGGACUUGAGCUGGAAUCAGCUGAAAAAGGUGGGGGAAGAAAUCAGCGUUUUACGGAAACAUACCCCAUCAGUGGUCAGUUUGGAUAUCAGACAUAACCCGUGGCAUAAGCCAGCCUGUGUGCGGUUAAGUGUAAUAGGCCAGCUGAAGGCUCUGACACACCUGGAUGGGAUUUUGAUCUCCGAGGAGGAGGCAACAGCCGCUCUUCAGUAUAUGGCAGACUCCAAAAUCACCCAGGUAUCUUUGGUAGAGCAUUCUCGGACAGACGAAGAGAAGCUGCGCGUACUUAGCAUCCUGCCUUAUGCCAAAAUCCUGAGCCAGAUUAGCAAGAACAGAGUGGAUGUAUUCCAAAUCAACUGGUUUUCCAGGAUCACCGUGUUAGACCUGGACGGGCAGCAUCUCUGCAAAAUCAACGGUUUGGAAAAACUGGAGAGUUUGAGGUGGGCAUCCUUUAGCAACAAUAACCUCACAAAAAUAGAAGGGCUGGACCACUGCCAUAAUCUGGAGGAGCUGACGCUAGAUGGAAACUGCAUCACAGCCCUCGAUGGAAUUUCAAGACUCUCCAAACUCAUGCGACUGAGCGCCAACAGCAAUCACCUCACCAGCUUGGAGAGAAAUGUUUUUGAUAACCUAACACACCUCCAUUAUCUCUCUCUUGAGAACAACCGGAUCACGUCGCUGGUGGGCUUGCAAAAAGCCUAUGCGCUCAUUGAACUCUACAUAAGCAACAACUAUGUGUCUUCUAACCAAGAAAUAUAUCAACUAAAGGGGCUAAACAACCUGGUCAUCCUGGACAUGUUUGGAAAUCUGAUUGUUUGGAAACAAGAAAACUACCGGUUGUUUGUCAUUUUCCAUAUCUCAUCUCUGAAAGCCUUGGAUGGUGUUGCCGUGGAAACAACUGAAGUUGAAAAUGCUAAAGAUUUGUUUGGUGGCAAACUUAAUGCUGAUAUGGUUGCAGAAAGACUGGGUCAUUCCAACUUCAGCAAAAUGCAAGAAUUAAACUGGACAGCCUCCAUGAUCAGAAUGGUGGAUCUCGUGCCGGUGGACCAUUUUACAAACAUCACCAGCGUGAACUUGCAGAACAAUAAUCUUACCUCUUUCAGUGGUUUGAUCUUUCUCCCUAAUAUCAAGGUUCUGUGCCUAAACUACAAUCACAUUGAGUCAAUCAUCCCCCGACAAAAGCCUUCAAGUCACUUAACCAACAGGCAGCUACUGUACCAGAAAGUGACAUCCAGCGGGUACGGGCAGCAAGGCGCUUCCAAAGGCAACAGGGAUGCGGGAUUCAGUGAAACUUUGCCUCCAAUAAUGGAGAGUCUAGAAGUUCUCCACUUGGGCUACAAUGGAAUUACGAAUUUGGCCUUGCUCCAGAUUAGCAGGCUAAAAAAUCUUAAGUUUCUCUUUUUGCAGGGCAAUGAGAUCAGCCAAAUCGAAGGUCUUGAUGGUCUGCAGCUUCUACAGGAAUUGGUGCUAGAUCACAACAGAGUGAAAACGAUCAACGAGAAUUCAUUUGCCAAACAGAGCUCCCUGGUGGCACUUCACCUGGAGGAAAAUCGGCUGCGAGAACUGAACAAUUUACAAAAUUUGGGGAAACUUCAGAAGCUUUUCCUUGGUCUCAAUCGCAUUCAGGAUUUGUCGGAACUUGAAAAGCUUGAUUGCCUUUCUUGCAUUAAAGAGCUCUCAAUAUAUGGAAAUCCUGUGUCCCGCAAGAUUUGCCACCGCCCACUUCUUAUAGUCCGCUUACCUAACCUUCAGGUGUUGGAUGGAGUAGCAGUCAGCCCGGAAGAGAGGGCAAGGGCUGAAGUCCAUUUGCUAGAACAGCAAGUCUUUCCUCCUGCUAACUCUCCAAUAGAUUCCGGAUUCCCUGGACUGCAGCCUACUUUACUGAAAUCAUGCGCCAUGAGGAUGGCCAACGUGAACUUGAUUGGUGGUGUGAAUCAUUUCUACGGGGCUGACUCUUUCUUUCCUCAUUCCACGGAUGAGCUGAUCGGAAGUGAAGCUAACAAAAACACCAGCGAUGAGGAGGGGACGUGA